AUGGCCUUUGAGUAUUCAGAACAACUCCUCACCCCCGAGAACAGUCGCUCGGAGACUUCCAGCAACAAUGAAAACGCGUCUACCGAGGAAAAGCCGCCUGUACGGCGAAGAUCUACACGUGUAACACGCGCCUCUUUACGGGGGGAGGCACAACUCGAUGGCGACAUGGAGAUAGAUAACCAAGGGACUUUGUCUACGGCUGGCGAAAAUAACCCUGUGGUCUCGGGUGAGACUCUAGUCGAUAAAGCUGAAGGCGGAAAGAGGUCCCAGGCCUCCCACCUGCGCCACAGCAUAGCGGUCAUGGAGUCCUGGAGUGAAGCAACACUGGCACAAGGCAAUAUGGAGACUGAAGGGGACCAUCCAUUGGCCCCAGAUACUCCAGUUUCUAAGUCCUCGCAAGAGCUGCAGGCCAGUGACAUGGGCACGUCACUGCAACAACGCACUUUACGGAAGCGCGUAGAGCGGAUCCUGACUGAAGAAGGGCACGGCAAUAAGGGCAAAGUUACUGUAACGGCUAAAGAAAUCAAGUCGCCAGUCAGACGCUCGUCUCGUUUGAGUCUGUUAGAGAAGGCUUCAGACCUUGUUGGCCGGGCUAGCAGCGUUUUGGGAAAACGCUCGCGUGACGUGAUGGGAAAGGGUAAAGAACUUGGCCGGCGGGCUAGUUUACGACCUCGAACUACUGCACCCAAGGAGGAACCGACCAAGGCUGCCAGCGAGGCUCCUGCGGCGAAAAAGAGGCGUAUUUCUGAAAGCGAUCUACCUGUCAAAAUCCAGGAAAAUGAAGAAGCCGUGCAGGAGGCUCCCAAGCCUGUGGUUCGGUCCAGGACAAAGCGCUGGUUAGCUCAUGGAUUGUACACAGGCCAGGAACACACAGAGUCUCGGCCCCUGCAGAGUAGGAGCAGAAAUGCAAAGCGCAAAAGUCAAGGUCCCACACAACGCAGACUGCUUCCUAUGCCGAUGUUUGCAGGAGAUCGACUCUUGAAGCAGGGAAGAGAUUUCCAGCUCCCCUUCGAUAUCUUUUCUCCGCUCCCUUCUGGUCAGCCCAAACCCAAUGAGUGGAGAAAGACAAACAAGAAUGUCUUUGUCGGGGAAGCAUCCAGUAUAUGGCGAGCAAACAAGCCAUUGGAGCUAUCCAAGUGCAUGUGUGCAGAAGAGACUGGCUGUGACGAGGAAUGUCAGAACCGUUACAUGUUCUACGAAUGUGAUGACACCAAUUGUGGUGUGGGCCCCGAGUGUGGAAAUCGGAAUUUCGAGGAACUGAAACAGAGAACCAAGGCUGGCGGAAAAUACAAUAUUGGAGUCGAAGUCAUCAAGACGGAAGACCGAGGAUACGGUGUUCGUAGCAACCGCACAUUCGAGCCUAACCAGGUCAUUGUGGAGUACACAGGGGAAAUCAUAACGCAAGCGGAAUGUGAGAAACGAAUGAGGACGAUUUAUAAGAAUAACGAGGUAUGCAUCCUUUGCUCACGCUUUCUCUGGUGGACGGGCGACUUAUUGACCGCUAUCAGUGCUACUACCUAA